CGGCGUUUGAGUGGCAAGUUGUUUGUUACAGCGAACACCAGCUGCUGCUGCGCCGGGCGCCGCGCUCCGCCGGGCGCUGUUUGCUUGUCCACCCCGUAGCUCGCUGCACCCCGCAGGUCCUCCCCAGGCCUCCUUUUUUUGCAACUUGCCAAGCUUCCUUUUUCUGGAUCGAGUACAAAUCAGCCCAGCACCGAGCUCCCGGCCCCCUUCCCUGGGCCGGUUGCCCCACGGCUUGGGGCGCGCAGGGGGCGGGGGCCGCUGCUCGUCCCCGUCCCCCGCCCCCCCCCCCCGUCCCCCCGCCACUCGGGCCACCGCGGAUGAUCCGCUGUGAAGGAGCCCUGGGCGGACGAUGGAACUGCACAUUCUGGAACACCGGCUGCAAGUUGCCAGCGUCGCCAAGGAGAGUAUCCCGCUCUUCACCUACGGCCUCAUCAAACUUGCCUUCCUGUCUUCCAAGACCAGGUGCAAGUUUUUCAGCCUGACAGAGACCCCCGAGGACUACACCAUCAUCGUAGAUGAGGAGGGCUUCCUUGAGCUGCCCUCCUCUGAGCACCUGAGCGUGGCUGAUGCCACCUGGCUGGCCCUGAACGUGGUGUCUGGUGGCGGCAGUUUCUCCAGCUCCCAGCCCAUCGGUGUGACAAAGAUCGCCAAGUCUGUCAUCGCGCCAUUGGCUGACCAGAACAUCUCCGUGUUUAUGUUGUCCACCUAUCAGACUGACUUCAUCCUGGUGCGUGAGCGUGACCUGCCCUUUGUCACUCACACCUUGUCCGCGGAGUUCACCAUCCUUCGGGUUGUCAAUGGAGAAACGGUAGCGGCCGAGAAUCUCAGUAUCACCAAUGGCUUUGUGAAGCCCAAGAUGGUCCAGAGGCCGGUCAUCCACCCCUUAUCCAGCCCAAGCAACAGGUUCUGUGUCACCAGCCUGGACCCUGACACACUGCCCGCCGUCGCCACACUUCUCAUGGAUGUGAUGUUCUACUCCAAUGGAGUGAAGGACCCCAUGGCUGCCAGUGACGAUUGUGGCCACAUCCGCUUCUUCUCCUUCUCACUCAUUGAGGGCUACAUCUCACUGGUGAUGGAUGUCCAGACCCAGCAGAGGUUCCCGAGUCAUCUGCUAUUCACAAGUGCAUCCGGAGAGCUCUGGAAGAUGGUGCGGAUAGGGGGACAACCCCUGGGAUUCGACGAGUGUGGAAUUGUAGCCCAGAUCUCUGAGCCCUUGGCAGCUGCAGACAUCCCGGCAUAUUACAUCAGUACUUUCAAGUUCGACCACGCAUUGAUUCCAGAGGAGAACAUCAGUGGUGUUAUCCAUGCCCUGAAGGUCAGUCAAGGACGGAAGCAUUAGAAGAGACUCAUCUCCGGGUUCCUCCCCACCACAGCCCGCCUGGGCCUUUUCCCCAUUGAAGGUUAUUCUUGCAGUAUUUCCCUAUGGACUGAAAGAUCGGCCCCAGGACCCUAAGGAUGGGGCCUCUGGAACACUCCCCUGUUUCCUGACUCCCUCCAGGCCUGAGUCCAAGCCAAGGCCACUCCCAUAUCCACCUCCAGCCUUCUAGAGUCCCCUGCCUUUUCAAUAAUGACUCAGUUUCCCCCCAGUGGGGAUGUGCCCAUCUUCCUCCCCCAAAUUCCACCCCAGAAAGUGGUCUCUGAGGCCCCGGGGGCUUGGGAACAGCCCAGGGCCUCACCUACAGCCCACAGCAAACACCAAAGGAAGUUGGCACCUCCCACAAGACAUCGGGGUCCUGAUGCACCUAGGGACAUCUUAGGAAGUUGGUGGAACAAGAUUGGGUGUGCAGAGCUGGGGAAGCCUCCGUGAGCAGCUGGCCGCCCCAGGGUGAAUGGUACAGUUGCUGCUCUAAUAUCAGAGGAACAGGGCCUGGUUCCCUCAGGAUGGAGACCAGCAGGCCACCCUCAGGUCAUAAUGGCCAGUGAGCCUCAGACAGUAGCAGUGGGCCCCCUACGGCCAAGCUGGGGAAACAAACCCAAGACCCUAGAACCCCACCUGCUGACCACACAGGGCCUGUGUCGAUUCCCAUGAUGACUGCCAAGAGGGGUCCUGGGCCAACCUCCCAACCAAGAGCCCUUGUCCCUGGAGGAGGAAGGAAUCCCAGGAUACCUCCUUUCCCACCAGCCUAGAGCACCAGCUUCUAUCCGUCCUCUGUUCGCUCUCCCUGGACCCAACAUGGGCAAGCACUCAGUUUCCUCCCACCGAUGGACAUCCCCACCAGCCCAGGCCUAGAGUGCCUCGGGCCAUGUCCACCUCCCCAGCUGUCACUUAGACCAGCCUAGAGUUUCCCCCUUCGUCCUCUCUACCCCACUUUUAGGGGGCAAAGAGGCCUCAAAAUACACCUAGCAGUCUGUGGCUGAGGUGAUCCUGAGAGGCAGCUAUCUUGAGCAUUUGUAGAGAGAGGGGAAAAAAACCACAUUUGCAGUUUUUUUAUUCAGUUGUUUUUUUUGUUUUGUUUUGUUUUGUUUUUGUUUUUUUGCAUACAGGUGGCUGGGGAAGGAAUAGUCUUGUUUGGAGGAGAUGGGGCCUGUUUGAGUCUUAUUAGGGUGCCCAGAGUUCAGUGGCACUUAGCAGUACUGUGUUUCUCCGGGGACAGACACAAAUGCAAUGAUGUAUCCUAAGAACUUGGCCUUGUCUUCUGAGGAGGGUUAUUGGGAGCGGAGCUCCAGACACCAGGGCCCCCAUAGCACCCCCUAUGGAGCAUCCCAGCAUAUCAGGUGGUAAGAGCACCUGAGAGUGGUAUCAUGAGCUGGGCCUAUGGGAUCCACCAGACUUAGGCUCUUGGGGUGUUUUCUCAGGCCUGUAUUACGCUGUCUCCAACCAGGUCAGGGGAGGGAAUGUUUAUUUACUCCCACGAAAGUCUCCAUACAAACUGUGUUCCUCCCUUCCCUGGGCCAUAGGAGCAUACCCAGGUGGAAGAUAUAUUCUAGACCCCUGUAGAAGGUCAGUCCAGCAUGCUAAUCAAAAUUACCUCUGGCGGGAUUUGGUUUCUUUGUUUUGUUUUUUAAUUCCUUUUGCACAAAACAACCAAAUCUUAUCAAUUGUUUUCUGGUCCCAAAAGGGAAAUGGCCAAGUAGGCAGGGCCAUAGUGAGGGCCCUGAGUCCCCUUCUUCUCGCCCUGGAAGGCCUUGAUUGUCCAGGAUGCACCUCUUUAACCCCUUCUGUGCUGCCUUCCAGCAAUCCUUUCCCACCGGGUCAGUGUGCUGGCCCCCUGCGCCCUGCCCCCGAGUUGUGUGGCCCCCCUAGACUUGCUAGGAUGAAACUGUGUAUUGUACACACCUAUAAAUACGUGUUUUAUGUUAAUAGAGAUAUAUUCUGUAAAUAGCAUAUAUACUUGAGCAAUAUAUAUGUUAAUAUAUUCUGUGUGCGCAGGACACAGGCAAGGGCCCCACCUCAUGUGCGCACACACGGGGACAUUUUGAGCCACCGUAUAUUUUUAAUUCGAAUAUGUAGGCAAUACAGUGAUUGGAAAAGCCCUGGGGUUCUUGAGGCCAGCCUGGAGAGGAGAUAAAACCACCAGCCUACUGCAUCUGGGACAGGUUUAGAGGGCUAGCAUGGUCUGCUUUAUAGCUACUGCACCCCCAUUCCCACAGCCUAACGCUCUGGAUGCUCUUAUUUUAUUUGGAGGGGAUAUUGAUCGAGAAGGAGGAUUGGGAUUUUUUUUACAUUUUAACAGUGGCUCCCUCCCUCAGGGUUACUCCAAAAACUUCAUCUGGUAAACCAUUGUGUUCUGAUCUCCUUCCCAGAGUCCCUUCUCUAUGGAAAGCUGUAGACCUGGUAUCUUACCUGAUUUUUUCUUGUGUUAGUUGUUUUCUUGAGGCAGGGUCUCUUUAUAUAGCUCAGGCUGUCCUGGAAACUC